CAACCUCUCCCUUGUCUGAGAUCAUAGCGACCUUGUAAUUUCGACUUUUUGUUUCUUCGCGCCCGUUCCAAUCUUACUCCCUUCGACUCUUCAGAAAGCAACACGACAUCACUCCUUCCCCUCCUCGGAACUCUCCCCCUAGCAUGCUGUAACCCGCAAGACUAUCUGUUGACAGCAGUCACUCACGACGUUCCAAUCUCGCCUCCCACACACCAUGUCGUCUCCAGCAUCCUUUGCUAUGGACGUGGACGCGUCACAAUCACCUGGAAAUCCAUUUCUCGACAUUCCGACGCGUCCUAUGAGAGUCAAGGUUCUCUACACGUUCGACAACGACAACAAGACGAAUUGCCUCGCUCGCUUCCCCGACAUCCUUCACGUCCCCACGGUGCCGAUCGAUGAAAAUACGCAGAUCGGAGUCAUCGAGCUUCGCACAUGCAUCCGCGCCAUCGUUUCGGCCAGUCCGGAACUCGUCUCUCGCCUCACCCAAGGCGACUUCACCAUCUAUGCCUAUGACUACUCCGAGUAUGAGACGCCGCUGGUGGGCCAAGGAAUGCUGUCGUCCGUGCUUGCCGCCGUCUCGCCCACCCCGACCGCCCCUGCAUACCAGUCAAAGACGAUGAUCACCGGGCGCGUCUGCAAAAACAUCAUGGGCCUUUUCUCCAACGGAGUCAAGGAGACGUUGGAAGUCAAACUGAGGCUGGUCCCAGUGCCCAAGCCCGUGCAAGGUGACUUCCUCAGGAGCAUGGAAAUCUAUCGCAACAUCAACCCCGCCAUGUCUGCUGGCUUCGAUCCCAACGCCUGGUCCGCCUCCUUCUCACAAUCUGGCCUCUCCCUCGGGGCGCCCUUUGAGGAAGGUCUCACGCCCACGCAAAUGAGGCAGGACCCUUCCGAUCACGACAUGAUGUCGUACCAACGCCCAAGACAGGGCUCUAACGCUAGCUUCAAUGGUCAACCGUCCUUCUCCGGCCCGACGCAAUCAUACAGUGGGCCUCCGAGCCGAGUCAACAGCCCAUCCAUGAACCAAUCGGCUCCUCAAACAUAUCCGAACGAGAACAUAGCUAGACCCUCAUCAAGAAUGUCCGUACAGAGCGAUAUGCACCAUGAACGCAGAGAGUCCAUGGCUGGACAGGAGCAGUAUCAAGAGGAGGGCCCUGCAAGGAAGAGAGUAAAGGUGACACAGGCGGACUGGCGUGGAAAAUCUACGUUUGGUGGGCCAUCAGAUUCGCUGCGAGUGACGGCCAGCACUGCAGCAUCUAUUCGUGUGCACAAGCCCGUCGCCAUGCGUCCCGGCAUCAUGGGCAACUCUUUGGAACCGCCCCCGAGAGUCCCGACCCCAGUCCCUCAGAUCAAUCUGCCUGGAUCCCGUCCCCAGCCAGGAAGCAUUCUCCGCCGCGAGUCAUCUCUUGCCAGAGCCAUGACCUACAACUCCCCUUACGACCCCACUCCCAACUGUCUCCCCCCUCCCUCUGAGUCAGCAAUGAGUUCCCCAGAUGAUGCUAUCGACAACCCCAUGGGCAUCACUCCGACCGAUUUUCCAUCUUCGCCGCCUCUUCUGCCCGAGCCUUCUAGUCCAGGGCUACCAUCUUUCUCAAGACCUGCUGAUUCGGGCUACAUGAGUUCGACAUUCGAUUGUCAUGACGACGAUGAAGACCGAUCUGUAUGUGAAGAAGACAUGCAGAUUGCCGCACAAUACAGACCCAGGACACAGCCGCCAUCCGCAGGCAUCUCAUUUAUCGAGCAAACACCUGGACCUCCCGAGUUACUACCUACAAGAAUGCAAAUGUCACAUACUGGAAAGAUGGAUGAGGCUGCUGCUGCUCAGGCUGAGCUUUCACGCAAGAAGGCUCGCAAUGCUGUGCUCGCUCAGAAUUCACGUAGAAACUCAGUUGCAUUACCACCCAAGCCACAGUCGAACAAGCCUAGUAUGGCCAGAUCGGCAUCGAUGAUCGUGAGAUCUGAUGCAGCUUCACCUGCUCCUACUGAUAUGCAGGCUCCUCGCAGUGGCUCCGGAGCACAGAGAAAGAAGAACAUCCAAGACAAACUCCAGAAGUCGAUCGAGAAUGGUGAAAUGCCACCCUUCUGUGGUCAUUGUGGUGCUAUCGAAACCCCAACCUGGCGUCAUCUCUUUGUCAAAGUGGUUGAAGGAUGUCCAGAGGACAUGGAUCCUGCAGAGACCGAGACCGUUACUCUUGGUGUGGAAGUCUUGACUCGUGACGCAGAGACACAGAAAUCUACCAAAUACCGCAUCAUCAAGUCAAUGCGCAAGACCAAAGAUUCACAAGAUGCAACACUCGGCUUUGAUACCAUGCAAGUGUGCAACCCUUGCGGCCUUUGGUUCAAUAAGUUCAGAGUGAUGAGACCUGCCGAUAAAUGGGUCAAGAAGCAAGCAGCCAAGGGCAAGAAGCAGCAACGCAAGGCUAUGCCACCUGCUGGACCUUCAGAGCCGCAGUCGGACUACUUCGUAGAUCAACCUUCAGCACUGUACACUGAUGCUGCUCAGCCUGAGGACAACAGUAACAGCCGAUCGAGUGAAGAGCGAACCAACGAAGAGACGAUUCCACCGCUCGAUCGUCCUAGAGCAAGCAGCGUGCAACCUCAGCUCAAGCGCAGCGAGUCUGACAAACAGUGGACCGGUCCAGAGCUAGACGCUGCGUUACAUCGCGCCAUUCAAAGUAGCCCUGCUCGCUUCAUUGGCUCGCAAGAGAGUCCCAUUGAAGUCGAAGCCGAGUUGACUCCUAGACCGACACGCCGUCUGCUAUUCCCAUCACCACGUGAGAGAAAUGGUCAGAUGAAGACCCUCGACGACCUAGCCCUACCAGGCGCGAAACCUCAAUCCAGCACAAUCAUCGAGAUGGCGUUUGUUGAGGAGCCCAACAAAGAGAACUGCCCACCUCAGAACGAGGAGGACGACCUUGCCCAUCUUUUUGAGUGUUCGCCUAAUAUUUUCAAAACUCCUCGCAAGACUCCUGAGAAGAACGGUAUGCUCCAUCAGGACACUCUCCUCAAGACACCGACCCCCUCACGCUCUUCUCUUCGCACCGUGGCGCGUAACACCCGUACCCCGAGUGGCAAUCAAGGUUCGACCUUCCUGCCCACCUUUAGCUCGGCUGAGGCCAAGAACCUCUUCCCGACCACUCCGUCAAGAUGGGCAAACCUGUCGUCGCCAUCUAGAAGUCAGAUGACGCCCUUCACGCGUCAGCUGACGCAACUCUUGAGCGAUGCACAUCACGAGGUACCUUUCCUCAGCCCUGGUCGUCAGUUCGAGUUUUCGGAUGCCAUGCCUACCUUCCUGACGCCAGGAAGAUCGCUCGACUUUAACUUUGAUGAUUUUGACAUUACGAACGUUGAUGUCGGCACCGCUGUGACUAGCAAUCCUGACGCCAUCAAUGACAUUGCGAAUGCUGCGAUUACCAACGCGACCACGGCAUUGCACGCAACAACCUCUGCGGAUGCCUCUGCAGAGCAAACAGCUACCACUACCACCACAUGAUGAGAUUAUGACAUUAUUUACUGUACGAGCAUUGGGAUGGGAAAGGAGGAUAUGGAUAUACGAUGGGGUUGGUGUGGUGUGGACCAAUACAUCGGACACGGAUUGUAACAAUAGGAGGGAAUGCAUUGCUAGGUGUACGAAUAUAUCAUGAUGGAGGGUUACCAUAUGUUUGCUGUAGCAGAAGACGUAAAGUGCACUCCUGCACCCAUUUUUGACACUAAUCCUUGACACUAAUCCUUAGUUCAAUAAAUUAAACCCGUCC